UAUAAACGUUUAAUUAGCGCGCCAUUUGUAACACACGUAGUCGUGUCUUAUAAACUUUGAAAUAGAGGAAUGAAGUAGAGAAUUAAUUUUACUAAUUAUAAUAAUUAUAAACAAAAAAAUUAGUUUUAAUUUCGCUUCUAGUUGAUUAUAAAAUUUCGUGAAUUAAAAAUUAUAUAAAAAUUUUUAAUUGCUAUAUUAUGGCUUGAUGUCAGUGGAGUGAUCGAAAUUUUGAGGGCAGUGUGGAAUAAAGAUUUAAAGAAAAUAGAUAUUUAAGCUUUUAAACAUUAGAAAGCAAUAUGUCCUACAGUAGGAUAGAAAUGGAUCAAAGCAUCGCACAAAGGUUAUUAUUUGAAGGCGCUACAUUGGUUGUACUUGAUGUACCUGUAGACACAGAGUUUGGAAUAGAUUUAAAGUCUUGGAAUGUUGGAAAUAAAUUUAAAGGUAUUAAAAUGAUACCUCCAGGAUUUCAUUAUGUGCAUUAUAGCGCAGUAAAUAAAUUUGGCGAAGCAGCACCUAAAAUAGGUUUUUUUCAUGUAUUUAAAAAAGCUGAAUUUAUGGUAAAACGAUGGGAUCAGUCAAAGGAAGAAAUCAGUUCAGAACCUGUUCCUGAAAAUUUGGUUCAGAGUCUCAAAGAAAACUUGAAAGAUUUAGAUAAAUUUCUUGGUCCUUAUCCUUAUGAUAUUUGGAAAGGAUGGGGUGAAUUGACAUAUAAAAUUGAUUAUCUUUUAAUAGAACGUUGCGCACCUGUUUGCGGUUUUGUACAUUCAGCUUUAGAAUUGGAACCAUGCAGUGAUGCUUUGAGACCACGUGGAGGAGAUCUUAUACAAAGAAAAAAGACAGAAAAAACUAGAUUUACGGUUGAAGAAAAAGAAGACCAAUUGUUACCUGACUUGAAACCAAAACCUGGGACAGAACUGAGAUUAUCACAAUUACCUGAGAAACAUUAUCCUGAUGGGGCAACUCCAACAGAGAUCACAAAACAUUCUCUUGAUUCUAGUUAUGUUUUGGAUAUUGUGCUUGAUAAAUUGAAACAACCAAUAGAAAUAAUUGGAGAAAUACAACUGGCUUUUGUUUGUCUCUUGGUUGGCCAAAAUUUGGAUGCCUUUGAGCAUUGGAAAAAGUUUAUAUCAUUGAUUUGUGGAGUAGAUUCAGCAAUAUCAGCUCGUCGCUAUAUUUAUAUGGAAUUCUUGAAAGUUAUAGAAGUUCAAUUAUCCUACAUUCCAGAAGAUAUAUUAUGGGAUAUUGUCACUAGCAACAAUUUUGUUUAUCAAAGCUUGCGUAAGCUUUUUGCAAACAUUGAGCUUAAUUCUGACAUAGAUGGUCGUUUAAAGUGUUACGCAGUACACGUUCGUAAUCGAUUAACUAAAAAGUUUAGAUGGGAUUUCACGAAUUUACAAGGUGAUAACGAAGAUGAGGCACCCGUUGUUGUUUCUCUAGAAUAAAUAUUACAGCAUAUUGUCCAUAAAAUAUAAUAAAAAGAAGAAAAAAUUGUAAAAUUUAGCUUAAAUUUUUUAACAGUAUAUUCUGUAUAAAUAUAAAUAAUUAUAUUGCUAAUUAGUUAGUAUAUGUAUAUUGUAAAUAAAUUAUUGAUUGUACGUA